AUGAGGAUUCGGGAGCUCCGAGAUGGGCUGGAGGUGGAGGACGACGAGCGGGAGGAGCAGGGAUCGGAGGUUGGCAGUGGUUACGGGGAGGUUGUCGCGGUUGUGCGACUGCGGGCGAAGCGCGCUAUCGUUGGUGCCGGCGCGAGGGUCCUGUUCUAUCCGACGCUUCUCUACAACGUGCUCCGCAACCGGUUCGAUGGCGAGUUCCGCUGGUGGGAUCGCAUCGACAAGUAUGUUUUGCUAGGUGCUGUUCCGUUCUCUAGCGAUGUUCUGCGCCUGAAGCAACUUGGUGUAAGAGGAGUUGUUACACUCAAUGAACCCUAUGAAACUCUGGUUCCGACAUCCUUAUACCAGGCUCAUGGAAUCAAUCAUCUCAAAAUUCCUACAAGAGACUACCUGUUUGCCCCAUCCCUGGAGCAUAUUUGUCGUGCAGUGGAUUUUAUCCAUUGUAAUGAAGUGCAAGGUGGUAGCACCUAUGUCCACUGUAAGGCUGGAAGGGGACGAAGCACCACUAUAGUUUUGUGUUUUUUGAUCAAGUACAGAAAUAUGACUCCUGAAGUAGCUUUGGAUCAUGCGAGGUCUGUGAGGCCUAGAGUGCUUUUAGCGCCCGCACAGUGGCAGGCCGUUAAAAUGUUCAGCAAGCUCAACGCUAGAUGCCUUUCCAUACAGAGCUCGAACCCAACUUGCUCAGCACUAUCUUAUGAGGAAUCCAGUGAACUGUCAAGCACGCUGAGCAGCAGAUGCCUUCGGAUUCAGAGCUCAAAUGAGGUCUCGAUAACUUGUGAAGAAUCCAAUGAAGCAUCCUUUGGAGACCCUGAAGUUGAUGGCUACACCACCACUGAGUUUGACACCGAGCAUUUUGUUUUACCUCGUUGUCGAAGUAUGCUGUCCAGACCAACGAGCCCCACUGGGUGUAGUGAUGCAGUCUUCAUAACCGAAGAAGAUCUAGAGGGCUAUGAGACCUACGCCGAUGACGGGAAGGACGUUGUCGAAGUGCAAGUAGUGGUUCGCCACAAGCCCAUCAUGAGGAAACUCUCCUGCUUCCUUGGGUCCUUGAAGCUUACCGGCAAUUGCGAGCCACCACCUGGCCGUUUGACCGAGGUUCGAGCCUGCUAG